AUGGUAGACUACCGCGCUCCCGCCUACCAGUUCCCACUUAAAAAACCAAUGGGGCCUGAUGCACCCCCUCCUCUUCCAACAAAGAAUAGUCUUAGGAUCAGCCCUAACCACUCCUCUCAAAGCUCUUACGAUCUCCAGUCCGCUACCUCGCCGUCUUCGCACGUUCGUUGUCGUACCUCCUCGUCGGGCACUUUACCAAUGCAGGGAACACAAUGGAUGCAGACCUAUACGCAAAAUUACAAUCAUAAUUACAACCACAACUACCCCCAAAACCCGCAUAUGAACCGCCGACCUUCGGUCGCUAGCAACUCGAGGGGUGGAGCCAUGGAUCCCACCGUACCCAUCACCAUUAGACGAUCUGGGAGUACUCAUACAACAAACUCCGCUUCGACAUCGGCUCAGAGCGCCUACGUGGCUACCCUCAGGAGGCAGAAAGCAACGGUUUGGUGCGAUAGGUCACAGCGUGAAGACCCCCGUUUGUUAGCCGAUCAACGAUAUGCGAAACUUCGCGCAGCCAUGGAAGUUGUCGGUUCGUCAAACUCUGCAUUCCUCAGCGCAGGGCAUAAUCACCACGGAAUCGGCUCCGCAGCAGGGUCAGCAGCAUCCUCUAUAUCAGGCGGCCGAACUGGAAAAUUGGGGAAGACUUGGGUCAGUUCAUCUAGCCCUGGUAUCGGAGGUGGGAGCUUACCCAGUGGGGUGCCUACUCGAUUGUCGGCUACGGAGGUUCUUGGUGACGACGAUGAAGAUGACCUCUACCCCAGAGGUGCGGGGAUUCGCAAACGCUCUGGUUCUGGGAAGUCCUCGCUCAACUCGAAUCAUAGACGCAUAAAUCGCUCUUCCUCAAUGAUGUCUGACACCAAUCGAAACUACACAAUGUACGGCGGCGCGCCCGGGGGCUUACAACAUCGCAAUUCCAGAGGAAGUACACCAAGUUACUCGUCCAGGUCAUCAAUAACAGAAGAAGGAACUCCUAGUACCACAACAAAAACAAAGCAUAAGAGCGAAAAGCUGCCCGAAAGCCCUUCCGGGUCUACCUCGCCAAGAGCUUAUUACACACCUACUCUCCAAAGCUCUACUAUACUAAGGCGCGACAAUACUCUAAGAAGGAGGGGAAGCUUGGACGAGCAGGAGGUCGUCAGAACUAUGACCCUUAGCGGAAACCGGUUGUUCGUUGCGAAUCCAGAUGUCGAAUAGCCAUUUUAUUCUCUCGAGCGCCCGAUCGGGGGUCGUGGCAAUUGAUUUGCACAUAGAAUAAGGCCUGAUGACUGUAUACAUUAUUUCGCCCUCUUCAUUCUCUCUUUCGCUCUACACCCCCCUAAAAAAUUUUUUUGAGGGGGUAUCGUUCACCCGGAUUGGCUUCUAUUCAUUGACAAAAAGUUCUUGGUUUCAUCAUGUAUCCGCUGAGGUCACAUUGAGUAUUUCCUUCAAUCGUUUCUUUGGGCCUCCCUUUGUACUAAAUAUUAUCGAUCCUGUAGUUACCCUUCCCCCACCGUCUCAUGUUUUGCCUGUCCUUUGUGGUGUUCUUGGGUAUUUGAGUUUUGCAUU